GGGUAAUCGAGUAAUCAAGUCAGGACUUUCAGUUCAUAACAGACAAGCUGCAAGGGAAGGGAAACAACAACAACCUCUCUUCUUCGCUAACCUGGUCCGAACUGAAAACGGCCAUUAAAGGAUGGAAGAAGCCGAAAAAAUGGCGGCUUUGAAGAGAGCAUAUGCUGAUAUAAUCCUCAAUACGGCGAAAGAGGCGGCGGCCCGUAUUAUGGUCUCGGAGCGCAAGGCCCUUCGUUUCCAGCAGGAGCUCUCUGCUGCGAAAGAAGAGGGGCUUAAUAUGCUGCUUCGCCUGAAACAAAUCAUGGAAUCCAAGAUUGCUGAAGCAGAAAAAGCAUCCUUGAGUCAACAAAGUAGGAUUGAAGAGCUUGAAAUGCAGCUCGAUGAAGCAGAGGAGAUAGUAAGGGACCUCAGAUCUGAGUUAAAAGGAAUGCAGGAUGAACUGGAGAGUUUGAAAAGUAACACAGGAAAUCUUUUGGAUGGACAAAUGGCAAUCGGGAAUGCUACUUCUCUUGCAGAGGAAGCACAGGGGGACAAGCUAAACACUUCCAAUGUUAUUUUGUGCCCCCCUCCUGAUUCAGAAUGCAGACCCAUGUCAACUUGCAUAAUGAAAAAAGUGCCUUUGGAUCAAUCAGAUGAUAGAUGCUGUUCUUUAUCAGAGAAUGAAACAGCACAUGUUGAGAUCUCAAGUGAUUCUCCUGUGGAGAAUUAUUGUGCAGGUAACCCUGAUUUAGCCUCCAUAAUAAUGCGAAGCAAAGAACCUGAGCUUUACAGAAAUGGAUGUACCCAGAGAAUCCGUGCAUUUGAAGGGAAUCUUCUGGAUGGAGGGAAGUUGCCUCUUCCUGGACAUGAAGAUGAUCAUUGCCUCCAUAUAAAGAGUGGAGAAAUAGUUGAAGGAACCUGUGCUGUAGCCUCUCCCAAUAUUGACAAUAUGGCAGUAGAAGAGAAGAAUGUAGCCGAGUCAGAAGAAGUAAUGCAGCAUAAUAGCAGCUGUGACAAAGGUCAAGCUGGUAAAUUCUUUCACAGAUUUUCUAAUAAAAGAAGACGAACUAGAUGCAGGAACCGCAAAACUACGUCGUGCAGGCCACUUCCUGAUCCUUGUGAACCAUCAUUUCCUUCUCAUUCCAAAACUUCUGCUUACCCAGUCACUGGCAAUGUUGAGUCUGGUGAAGAUCCAUCAAAGGUAACUGAAGAUGAGGCCCGGAGAGAUUCAGAGUCCCAUGUUGAUAGUGAAGCCGGGGUCACUAAAUCCGGAAGUCCUCAAAAUGUUACAAGCAGUGACCCAGCAUUAAUGGAUGAGUCAGUGUUGACAGUGCUGGAAUCCAAAGCUGUGGAGAAUGUAGAGGCUCCGGGUUCUAAACUGAAUCCUGAUCCUGUUGAUGUGCCAUCAAUUAAUUCUGAUGCCAAAGAUACAAAACCAUGUGAAACGAUUACUGCUGCUCCUGCUCAAGCUGCAAAUGAUAGGCUUCUCAAAUACACCUUUCGGAGGAAGCGGAAGAAGGAGACCGUGAGCAACCCAAACGAGAAUGCUCUUCUUGAAAAGCAAAACACUACCAAGAGGAGGACACUGGAGAUGCAAAAUAGUGCACCAGAGCCGCAGAAGUCAAGCUUGAUAAUUGAGUCAUCUCGAGACAGCAGGCGACUGGUGCAGGUUGCUCGUCAGCUUAUUUCUUUAUCUGAGAAGAGGUGGUGGUAGUAGAGAGUUAGAGACAAGUCAUUUCUGACAUCGAAUGUAAGAAGGUUAUAAGUUAUAACUUGAGGGGAAAAUUAUCAAAAGCGAGUUCUCAGGAAAGUUGGCCAUUCACUUGUUGAAAGAGAGAUUUAGGUUCCAGAAAAUAAUAUAUGUGCAUUGUAUCCAAUAAGUUAUGAUAAUUAUGAUUCUAUUAUAUUAAUAGUCAUCUUUCUUUGCUACUCAAAAUA